AUGCCAAUAAGAUUGAGAUUGUUCGAUGACGUCAUAUCCGGAUUCGGUGACGACUGCGGGGUUUCCGCUGCUGAACUCGAGGCCAUGUUGACGCCGAGAGGAAAGGGGAACAGAAUCUGCAUGAAAGACGAUCAUGGACUGAACACGCCUUUGUCGAUUGAAAUUCCCGCAAAACCGUUGAUGCGACGACGCGCUGCGUUUGACGUCAGACGCAGCAUCUUUUCCGAAAAGCGCAUUGCUGACGUAGACCUAACAGAGGAUUCACCGAUACAAGCAUUCAAAAAGGCCAAAGAUGUUUCGGGCAUAACUCCCGAAUGCAACGAACGUUUAACAAACGGGAUCAUCAGCGCGGUCGAAACGCUUGAAAUCGGAAAUGACAUGAUCGCUGACGGAUCAAGUAAAUACACACUUCCGACAAUGCCCGGAAAGCACAAAGACCUUACGUCCAUCUCACCGGAAGUGAUGGCUGAUGUAAUUCGUGGAUGCUUCAAUGACGUCAUUGGUGACGUCACCAUUGUGGAUUGCCGGUACCCGUACGAAUUCGAAGGCGGGCACAUCAGAUGGGCUGUAAACAUGUACACGAAAGAUGAGGUCAACAGCUUGCUUCAGAAACCAGUAGCUGACGACAAGCGUCACGUGCUGAUCUUCCACUGUGAAUUCUCAUCAGAAAGGGGGCCUAAAAUGUACCGGUUUCUUCGCGCACAAGACAGGAUGUUGAAUAGCAACAGGUAUCCGAGCCUUAACUUCCCGGAAGUGUACCUACUCCAUGGCGGAUACAAGGCCUUUUUCAACAAGUAUCAGGACCUGUGUGAUCCAAUCAGUUACAAACCCAUGUUACAUGAGAACCACGCAGCCGACCUACGUCACUUCCGGGUGAAGUCUAAAUCCUGGACAGGAGAUGACGGCAAUCAGAAAACAAGUAGACGCCACCGCAGUCGUCUAGGUCGCCAUCUUAGUUUUUGA